GAUGAUUAGCGAACUGACUAAUUGACAGCCCAAAAAUUUCACCUAGUGCUUUUGGAAACCUUCAAAUGAUGACCAUGGAUGUGUCAAAAGCUGAGACCGGGCCACCCGGAGCUCCUCAACAAUGUGCAGGGUGCGGGAAGCAAAUCCAGGACAGGUAUCUUUUGAGGGCCUUGGAUUUGUUAUGGCAUGAAGAUUGUUUAAAAUGUGGUUGCUGUGAUUGCAGACUUGGAGAAGUAGGAUCAACUUUAUAUACCAAAGCAAAUCUCAUACUUUGUAAAAGGGAUUAUUUAAGAUUAUUUGGAAAUACAGGCUACUGUGCUGCUUGUAAUAAAGUUAUUCCUGCCUUUGAAAUGGUUAUGAGAGCCAGGACGAAUGUUUACCAUCUAGAAUGUUUUGCCUGCCAACAAUGCAAUCAUAGGUUUUGUGUGGCGAUAGAUUCUACCUGUGCGAAAACAAAAUCCUGUGCGAGUACGACUACGAGGAACGCUUAGUGUUCGCGUCGAUGGCGCAUCACCGAUAUUGAAG